AUGAAAUUAAUUACUGAAUGGGGUCAUCAAUACUGUAAAUGUCCAGUAGGAUGGGAUUUAGCACAUGCUGUUGGUAAUAUUCCUUUAUUUCUGCAUGAUUGGGAUGUUGAUAUGGCUGUAUGGUGUUCAUAUAAAUAUUUAAAUGGUAGUCCCGGUGCUAUGGGAGGAUUGUUUAUUCAUGAAAAACAUCAUCAUCAAGAAUCAAGUUAUGGACCGAAAUUUAAUGAGUCCAACGAUGUCAAUAGUAGUGAUAAUACAAUAAUUACUGAUAUAUCUGGUCCCCAGCUAACCGGUUGGUGGAGCCAUAGAACUGAAACGCGAUUCGAUAUGACUGGACAUAUGGAAUUAGCGAAAGGUGCUGAUGCCUAUCGAUUGUCUAAUCCACCAUUAUUAUUAGCUGCAGCUUUGACGGUCAGUAUCGGUAUUAUCAAAUCAUGUGGCGGUAUGAAUAAUUUAAGAGAGAAAUCAAUCAAACUAACUAAUUACCUUGAAUAUCUAAUUACAGAGAGUCCAUUAGCUCUAACUAGUGAUCAAUAUGGUAUAGUUACACCAUCGAGUUCAGAGGAACGUGGAGCACAGUUAACAUUGAGUUUUAAUCAUGUAAACGUUAAAAAACUAUAUGAAAAUUUAUUGAGAUUAGGUGCAAUAUGUGAUUAUAGACUGCCGAAUUUUCUGCGUAUUACACCGAUACCAUUGUAUAAUUGUUUUGAAGAUGUUUAUAUGUUUGUAAAAUGUCUUCGUCAAGCGUUGUAUGACACUGAAUCAGUUUAA